ACAGAUCACAAAACACAUAUACGACCCAGAUCACAGAUAUCUGAUUUGAUCUUGAUUUGAUGGAGAUCACGGGAAGAUUGAGACAUGAUUGAGACCUUUGAUUGAGACUAUUGAGACAUGAUUGAGACUGAUAGAGAUUUGACAAUGAUGUGACAUUCGACAAUGAUCUGACAAGAGCAAAGACAAGAGUAAUGAAGAAAUUUUGAGGUUAUUUUUUUUGUUUUCAUUUUUGUUACAGUCGAUGCGAAUUAAUUUUUGAUAGUGCCUCGACAUCGAAAAUAGAAUCAGUUCAAGUAAGAAAAUGUUUGGCAAGUACAAGAAAUAUGUUAUUCUAUCCUAAAAGUCAUUGAUCAAAGUUAGUCAUCAAAUCUACUUUUUUCCUUGUCUACUCUAACCAGCUUAAAUGCCUUGUUUUAACGAAACCACUUCAAAUGACGGUGCUGCACCAGAAAAAGAUGUGCAAUGACACCGAGAGGGAUGAAAUUGAUCGUCUGCCAUCCAAGGAUCGAGUUACAAAUUGGGAUAUUGCUGGCUUUGUUAUAUCGAUCAUCAGCCACAUUGUGGAUGUGUUUUUCGACUGUAACUUAGCCUAUCGAUAUUAUGUGAACGAAAACAUCGGUUAUUUUAUUACAACUGUGGCGUUUAUCCUGAUCCCAGCUGUUAUAAAUACAUUUUUCAGUCUAAGAAUGUACAUGCGAGACCAUGAUAACAACUACAGAAAAACCUUAACAAAAAAAUGUACAAAAAGAAGCCUGUGUUGCGUGUUAGUACUGGUUUUUCAAUUAGCCCCUGUACUAAGAUAUUUUGAUGCUUUACAGUAUGCUAUAAAGUCAAAAAAAGCAGAAAAGCUAGGUGAUCACGAGAACCAAAGGAAAUAUUACGAACUAAUGGUUAGGGAGGAUUCAGAUGUGGCCCUACUGAGGGUGCUUGAGUGUUUUUUGGAAGCGGCACCUCAGCAGAUACUUCAACUGACAAUUAUUUUUUAUACCCAUGGUAAUGAGAUCAUCGGCACAUUUACUUUGGUUCACCAGCUUCUAUCUAUCGGAAGUUCCUUUGUUAGCAUGGCUUGGUCCAUGGCUUCCUACCAAAGACUGUUAAGAGUGGCCUUAAAAACCAAACAGAAUAUCUCAUGGCCUGCAACCAUUGUUCACUUUAUGUGGCAUUUUUUAGUAACAGUUUCUAGGAUUCUAUGCAUAAGUGUAAUUGCUUCCAUAUAUCCCGUAAGAACUAUAUUGGUGCUUGUUUUUCAUUGGUUUGUCAUGACAAUUAGUCUCUCUGUCACAAGUUCAGACAAUAAUUUCUGUGAUCACAACAAACUUUAUGACUUCUUGUUUUAUUCAAUAUUUGGAGCUGUUUACAUUUUUACCCAGGUUGUUUUAGUAGAAGGCCCGACUUUUUUCAAAUACCUGGCGUUCUAUAGUGUUCUUUUUGUUGAAAACACUAUAGCCAACAUAAUGUGGAUCUACAAUGCUGACGAAGCAGUAAGACAGUCUAUAUAUUACAAGCCAAUUAUUUAUUUAAACAUUAUACCUUUUAUCGUGGGGAUAACAUUUAUGUUGCUGUACUACAAAGUGUUGCAUCCAAGUAGGAGAUACCACAGACAGCAAAUAGUAGCUUCAAACAGCUAGUAAAGGCUCGAAAAUUUGUGUUCUAGAACAAUAUAUUACUCUCUCUCACUCUCUCUCUCUCUAUUUUCUAAGCAGUUCAAUUCUAUUAUACAGUGAUUACUGAUGAGAUUACAUAAUGCAAUAUUUAAUUGGAACAAAGAGAUUCAAAUGGCCUUGAUGCUCAAAAUAAAAAGAAAUAAUAUCUAUAUUUAUUAAGAAAUAGGUAAUAGGUAAAGAAAUUUAACAAAUAUGUUCACCAGUUUUAAAACUAAUAUUUUUUAAUUUAAAUAUUUGGCAAGUAGAAAUUGGUUUAUAUUUUUAAUUUAUUUAUCUCCAUAAAUUGAAAGAGGAAGCAAUCUUUGUCAUUAUAUAUAGUUCAAUAUGAAUUUAAAAAACCCAGCUUAGGGCUCAAACGAACUGACGACCAGGUCGCAGCGACCAGCAUUUGAUUCAAUGUUAAGCCGCGUCCAAGCGGAUAUAACCUGAUAUAACGGUCCCGAGGGUUGAGGUGCGGGGAAGAAUGCGACAACCAGUUUACUCUAUAGAUCUGGGAUGCGUUUAGGUAGUCGCUGUUUUUUCGAGUGCCGGGCUUAAUGUGAGUUGAAAAAAUAAAUAUGGAUGAUAACGCGAUGAUAAUAAAUUGCGGCAGCUGCGUUUAUUGUAUUGGCUGAUGCUUGCAAAAAAAGACAAAAAAAAGAAACUCUGUAGCAAAACAAAAUUGAUGCAAAGGUGAGAAAACUACAGGACAAGCAUUUUUUUAAAUAACUUAACCGGUAAACAGUUUAAGAACUUUUGUCCUUGAAUCAAUAUUUAGCAGGCGGAGUGUCACAGGCGUGUUUUGGUAGAUUAUUCGUUAUUCAUUUUUAGCCGAUUCUACUAGGUGUUUCUAAAAAGGGGCUCACCUUUUUUACUUUUUUAGAUAAUACAACGAAAUUUGGUUUGUUAGUAUAUGACAUAAAUCGGGAUUGAUUGACGUAUUCAAUUAUAUUACCUUCGGUCGCUUCCUGUUUCACCGAAAAUGAC